CGGGAGCAGCGCGACGGCCGCAAUGGCUUACAAACCUUGUUUCUUCGUACCUCAGGUCCUACUACCACUCCUGGCUUACUGCGCGUCCCGGUAUAAUGGUUUCGCCUUCGACUUCAUCACCAUGGAUUCGCUGCCGCAAGUUCCAGUCGGCGAUUCCCGCCGACAUGAUGACGUAAAGCAGGCCACCUGGAUCUACGAUUCGCCUCGCUUCAUCAAAGAAAACCCAUCGACAUCGACGACGCCCGCAGCGCCAGAUGUAAAAGGCUGGCAGUUCAGUGAAUUCUCCAGUGGGCACGGGAGCAGCGCGACGGCCGCAAUGGCUUACAAACCUUGUUUCUUCGUACCUCAGGUGGGUAUCCACAUUCCUUUGAACCUAAAAAACAAAAACAAACGUUUGCUAUUGCUGUUCCCGAGCCCACGGGUGUUUCUUAGUGUGAUAUUGGAGUACUUGAAAAAUUGUCUUCUUUUAUUGAUGUCGGGUGACGUAGAGUCCAAUCCCGGCCCUUUCACACGAACCACGUCGUCACAGUCCACCAAAGGAAAAACUAGCCAGCCCAUGGUUAGUAUGACAGAAGAUAAUACUGAGGGAGCGGUUGCACUGACCCAGGCAGAGCAAAACAUAGAAAUUUUGCGUAUGUUGCGCGAUCUUCAAAAGCAAUCAGCUGAAAUAGCAACAGGUAAUCAGGAAUUAAAACAAAGCAUCACUGAAAUUAGAAACGGUCAACAAAACAUUGAAUCUACGCUUACAAAUAUAGGCGGUAGAUUAACAGCUGUCGAAGAGAAGCUAGAGGUGCUAGAUAGUGUUGAAGUUGAUUUGCGGAAUACUUCCAACACGGUAGAAGGUCUUCAAAGACAAAACCAAUUAUUGCAGACUCGUAUUAACGAACUAGAGGACAGUCUUUAUGCGGGUAGCCGAGCUUUUGUAACAAAAGACAAAAACGAGAUGGAGUGA